AUGCCACAUAUGCCUGUUUAUUUGGGUCUAAAUGCAAUGAGUAUAACAGUAACUGAAUUCUAUUACACACAUUUAUCACAAUCGAACACAUGUCACCGUCUUAUUUCAUUAUGCGUUUCAAAUGAAUUCGCUUUUGAUAAUGGACUAUGGUUAGCAUCACAUGUAUCGAAAUUCAACAAUCUUCGUCGUUUAUCCUUAAUCGACAUCAAAUGCUCUUCUUUCGAAUUGAUUAUUAAUGCAUUAUCACCCAAUACUCCUCUCAUCAUGUUUUCAAUACGAUUUACAACUUACGCUCGUGCUGCUGAAACAUUUGCCGGUGUGCCUGAAGGUGCAUAUUACCAACAAAUCUUUCGCUUAUUUCCUUAUUUACGUGUAUGCGAUCUACGUUUCUGGCGAUACAUAUACGACACUCUAGACAAUCAAAUAGUUCUACCAUUUGAUGAAGUUUUCAUGCCAAUUGAAACAAGUAUUUUUAACUUACAAUCAAUUGUAAUUCAAGAAUGUUCACCAGCCUUUCUAUCACAUUUACUUGAACAUCUUCCACAAUUGCAAGAUCUCAGCUUUGGUCUAUCUACUCCUUGGCUACCUGAUCAACAUCCACUAAUGAAUGAUGUUAGCAAGUAA